CCCCGCUUCCGUGGUGGGGGCCCCCCCGGCCGUUUCCUCUUCCCCCUGAGCAGACUUUUGACCAGGAGGUCAAGCAAAAUAUGGCCGAACUCUCUCUCUGGACCGUUGUGGCCGCCAUCCAAGCGGUGGAGAGGAAAGUCGACGUGCAUGCCAGCCGGCUGCUCAACCUGGAGCGCCGCAUGAUGACCAAUGAGAAGAAGUACGUGGACUGCGAGAACGCCAUGGUGGACUUCGGCAACCAGAUGGAGUGCAAGCUGAUGGCGCUGGGCACCCUCAUCCAGGAAUACGGGCUGCUCCAGAAGAGGCUGGAGAACAUGGAGAACCUCUUAAAGAACCAGAACUUCUGGAUCCUCAGGCUUCCCCCGGGAUCCAAGGGGGAGACACCCAAGGUGGGAGAAUUGGGGACGGGGGUCGCUGGGUUUCCUGGGGGGGGGGGGGGGAUUUUUUGCAACGAUGGGAGAACUUUGUUAG